CUGCAUGUACAGGUACAAGAUCUUGUUUAAGCUCUAUGUCAACCGCGUAUUCGGUACGUGCACAGUGAAUGAGAUUCGACCCAUUGGAUACAUACCUGCCAAAGAUUGAGAGCCUCGGAGAAGUUUUCAUGUGUGUUCGCAACAGCGCACCUAGCACAACCUUUGAAAGUUCAACGAGUCUCCGCGCCGUGGAUCUCAGUAUAAAGAAUCGGAAUCCCAUGGUUCUGAUUUUGACUCACUCAGACAUCCCUUUGCUUUCGCCCACUUGUAUACCGCGUUGAGCGAUACAUACAACAUGCGAGGAUCUUGGAUUGUGGCAGUUUUGGGUGGUCUUGCUCCGCAUGUGAACGGAGCUUUGCAAAAAUGCAAUGCGGACAACUGCCUUCGCUCGGUGCGUGCUACCGCUGGAAAGCCAGGCGCCGCUUCUGCCAGCGCUUAUUGCGUUUCGUUCUUCGAGAGAACUGUUACACCUUGUCCAAGCACGGUCACAGUCACUGCCCUUGUGACUUCGGACCUGGCCACUAGCGUUUAUACCGCAACAUCGAUUAUCUAUACUACCGCGGCCCCAGUCGCAGCUCGGGAUAUCGAAGAUCGAGAUAUUAUAGUUAGAGCUGUCUCCCAACCUUCAAUGUGCCCAAAUGUCCAGACCAACAGUGCUGUGCCGAAGUACGCAUCUGCCUGCUCUGGUACCGCGAGAUACUCCUCCGCCUGUUCAUGCGUCGGUGCCACCAUCAGGACUGUCACAGCAAGCCCGCCUCCAGCAGUAACUUCAACUCUGAUCAGCGUCAUCGGUACCACGACCGUAACCACUGCUCAAGCAUUCUCAACCGUAACUGUUGCACAACCAAGUUGUACUGGGACUGCGAAUUUCAUUCUCCAGGCGACGACAAGCAAUGAAGUCGGUCAGUUCCUUACUGGCGACAGAGAUUAUGUCUCCUUCGGUCCCCAGGCUGGGGCAACUACAUGGACUCUACGCGCAGACGGUGCUGUGCUCAUGGCAGAUGGGUCCACCGUUGGAUGGAACAUGCCUUCCGGACCAGGAUACAUCUACGAUACUGAUCUUUCGCUUGCGGCUUCUCAGUCUCCAGUAAGACAAGCAGUGAUGUGCUCGUUCCCGUCAGCUGCUGUCAAUGGUAUGCCUCGGGAGUUGAGAUGCGCUCCGAGCGAUGGAGUGAACACGAUACUUCAGGGAUGUGCCGCUGACUCGCGUCCGGCGUUCAACUCGAAGUUCUACAACCCGACAUGCAAGGCCAUUACUUUGUAUGCCAUCACAGUGUGUUGAGCCCUCGAUCUAUCGUGUUGCCAUGUAAGAUUUCGAUAUGAACGAGAAGCCGUUGCAUCUGAUGGGCAUCCCACAAGUGCUUCCAACUCCGUAUGGAGACAUGUGUCAGGUGUGGCUGUGUAGAGGAACCGUAUCCAUAUCUUGGAGAGUCGUAUCG